AUGGCGGAGAAAGAAGAAAGUCAAGAGAAGCGUGCGAUGCCACAAAUUGAUGAAAAUGAGUAUAUUCUACGAAAAAGAUUGCCAAGAAGAUUGCCGAAACGUAAGAACGACAUUUACGUUAACAGGAAAACAAACUUUAACGCUCAACUUGAGCGUAGUCAAAAACUGUUUGACAAUGGAUAUGAUGUAGUGUUUAUUCACGGACUGGGCGCUGCAAUCAAUAGGUCAAUAAACUUGGCGUUGCAACUGAAAAUAAGGGGACUCGGAUCCUUGGAAAUAUCAGUUAAUACAUCAACCGUCGAAUUAUUGGAUGACUUAGAACCAAAUAACGAUGACCUGGAGCCAGAUACACAGCUCAGGACAAACUCCGCUGUACACAUAAAAGUAUACAAACUUGCUCUUGCAUAG